AUGGAUUCAUCAGAUUGGAAAAGUAGUUUAACUUUACCAAAGAAAGAUAUUAGACCUCAGACGGAUGACGUUACCAAGACGAAGGGUAAUUCCUUUGAAGAUUUCUAUUUAAAAAGAGAAUUAUUGAUGGGUAUUUUUGAAGCUGGAUUUGAAAAUCCUUCGCCCAUUCAAGAAGAGUCUAUUCCAAUUGCUAUAGCAGGCAGAGAUAUUCUAGCAAGAGCAAAAAACGGUACCGGUAAAACUGCUGCAUUUGUCAUUCCAACACUAGAAAAAUUAAAACCAAAAGUUAAUAAGAUACAGGCUUUGAUCUUGGUCCCCACAAGGGAAUUAGCACUACAGACUUCUCAAGUUGUUCGUACCUUAGGGAAACAUUUAAAUAUAUCUUGUAUGGUAUCUACUGGUGGUACUAAUCUAAGAGAUGAUAUUUUGAGAUUACACGAGCCUGUUCACGUUUUAGUCGGUACACCGGGUAGGGUUUUAGAUUUAGCUUCUAGAAAAGUUGCUGAUUUAAGCGAGUGCCAUAUGUUUAUUAUGGAUGAAGCGGAUAAAAUGUUGAGUCGUGAUUUUAAAACGCUAGUGGAACAGAUUUUAACUUUUUUCCCAGCCAAGCAUCAAUCAUUAUUAUUUAGUGCCACUUUCCCAUUAACAGUCAAGUAUUUUAUGGAUCAACAUUUAGAAAAACCAUAUGAAAUCAAUCUAAUGGAUGAACUAACUUUGAAAGGUAUUACACAGUACUAUGCAUUUGUGGAGGAAAGGCAAAAAUUACAUUGUUUAAAUACAUUAUUUUCUAAAUUGCAAAUUAAUCAAGCUAUUAUAUUCUGUAAUUCUACAAAUCGUGUUGAGUUGUUGGCUAAGAAAAUUACAGAUUUGGGAUAUUCUUGUUAUUAUUCCCAUGCAAGAAUGUCUCAACAAGAGAGAAAUACAGUUUUCCAUGAAUUUCGUCAAGGUAAGGUUCGUACUCUAGUCUGUUCCGAUUUAUUAACAAGAGGUAUUGAUAUUCAAGCUGUUAAUGUUGUCAUUAAUUUUGAUUUUCCAAAGACUGCUGAAACUUAUCUACAUAGAAUCGGUAGAUCGGGUAGAUUUGGUCAUCUAGGGUUGGCUAUUAAUUUAAUUAAUUGGAAUGAUCGUUUUAGUUUAUACAAAAUUGAACAAGAAUUAGGCACUGAAAUUCAGCCAAUUCCACCAACUAUUGAUAAAUCAUUAUAUGUUGCUGAAGAUUCAACGGCUAUUCCAAAACCAUUUGCUACACCCGCGACUAUUAAUGGUCCACAGACUUCUAUUGCUCAACAGUUACCAUCUCAGCAGCAACAAUAUCAGCAGCAACAAUAUCAGCAGCAACAAUACCAGCAACAACAACCCCAGCAGCAACAACCCCAGCAGCAACAACCCCAACCUCAACAAUUUAAUUUACCACCACAACAAGGUAAUCCUCAAUUUGCAAUGCAAUAUCCUGUCCAACAACCACAACAGCAAUUUAAUCAUUAUCCACAGCAACCACAACAGUCUGCUCCAUUCAAUGGGUAUCAACAGCCACAACAACAGUUUUAA